AUGGCGUCGGGAAAGUCGGAAAACCGGGAAGAUCCGAUGAACAUCUCGGCCGGAACGGAAGAGGAGACUAUAGCGCAGCGACAGAAGCGGCUGCGGCGAGUGAGCUUCGCCGACCGGGAGAUUACUUCCAUCCACAUUUUCAAGCGAGACGAAGAUUACGAGACGCCGCCCAACUCCUCCGCCUCGAAGCCGCAAAACGCUGAACAAGCUGAUACAUCAGAGUCUGAGGACAAAGUGAUUAGGUUUUUCGGAGAAUUAGCUAACAGCGAAGACACGGAAGGAGAUGGAGAUGGUGAUGGUGAAGACGAGGCUGUAGUGGAGAAACUAUUCUUGCGGCCUAAAGGUUCCCCAUCUUCAGGAGGUAGCACUAUUGGUUCUGCUACAAGAAGCGAUGACGAGGACAAUUUCUUCGGCCCUGUGUCUUCUCAUUUUAUCAACCCUGGAAGACUGUCGGACGCUACCAUCUCUGAAGAACACCAUGAUAUUACGAUGGACUCCACAGCAUUUUCAAUGCAUUUCCGGAGUCUUGCAAUGUCAGAGUCUGGAGAGUUACAGACCCCCUUGAGCAGCCACCUUCCAGUAGAAGAGAAAACACCAACUCAGGUUACCUCCACAUCUGAUACAGGAAGUGCAAUGGAGUUAACAAACCCUAAGAUGCGAUUCCCAAAAUCCCAUGUACCUGUUGACAAAGGAAGUGGUGGUAAAGACUCAAACGACAUGAGUAUUGUGGGCGAAAAUUCUCGAAAAUAUGAUUACGGGCAUAUAUCUCCUACACUAGCAGCUUUAUUGGCAGAUGAAAGCAAAGAAUUUCCUCCCGCAUCUUCAGACACACCCAUCCAUGAUUUUUCCUUCUCCCCUCAAAAUGGUGUAGAUAGCAGUGAUGCUUCUCAAAUGCUGUCACCUUAUGGUUCUGGCUGUCACCCUCAAAUAGUGCUGCAGGAAUCAGAAAGCCAACGUUACAGAAAAGAGACUUCCCUUUCCUCGUCAACUACUAGAAGGCAAAGUGCGUCUUUAGUUGGUAUACUGCCACAGUCCUUAACUUGUGUUACUCCUUCCCCUAAACAGGGUGGAAGCUUUAUGAGCAGGGAAACUCUGGCACUAGUUGAGAGCUUGUCAACCAUCCAGAAAAGCAAAUCCAGACUUGGAUUGAUUCCAUCCUCUCCUGGUUCUGCUCUUUUUCAAAGAAUUGAGAAAUCAAAGCUUCAAUUGUCCGAACACCGUUCUGUGACUACCCCAUCCACUAUUGGCAGGGAAGAAAUAGUUGUCCGCCGGGAAAAGCAUGCAGAUAUCCCCAUUACUAACUUGGAUGAUUUGUUAUCUGAACAUGAUAAUAGAACACCAGUCUCUGAAAAGAAAGGCAUACCAGAUCAAUGCAGUUGUGGUGCAUUGAGCCCUGCUGUUGACAGUAGCGAUGCGUUUGCAGGCAUAAGUUCAGAAGAAAACACUAAUUCUGAGAUAGAGGGUUCACUCUUAAAACAGCAGGAAAUAAAUCAUACAGCCAGCACCCCUGAUAAGUUUGUGUCAUCUCUAGCAAAUUCGUCAAAUGCAACGAUGUCAGCAUCGAAGAAUUUUGCUACUCUUCCUGAUAAAGAGCAGCAGAGUAAAGACAUUGGCAAAUCUGAGACUGCGGAUGGAUACGUAACCAAGGAUUGUGCUAGUAAUUAUUCUAUGAAUACGUUAUCUGACAAAGUGGAUUCUCUGCUUGAAGAAUCUAGCGUAUUACUUAGCGAGUCAGGUUUCUCGAAUGGCUCUGCUCAACAAAAAGAGAAAGGCAGCGUGUUGAACAAAAAUCAAAACAGAAGCAACAACAUCAGUGAUGCCCAUUGUGAAACAGAAGUUAUCUCAACUGAAGACUUUCCUGCAGUGACAGAAGACCCUUUUGGUACAUCUGGCUCUUCAUCUAUAGACAGAAGUAAGAAAAAGGCUUCACAUGCUAAGGGGCCAUCCAGAUUGAAAAGGAAAGCCAAAGAAGUAGAUCAUGCUGCUAGAAGUCGUAGCCCUAAAGUUAGGAAAAACACACAGUAUAUUCCAAAUCCAGUGAUGGACCACCCUGAUGGAAACUAUGAUGCUAACAACUACCGUGUAGUUCGCGAACAAGUAAUAAACUGGGUAGACAUACCAGGAAAAGUAUCUGUAGAAAUCAAUCAAAUGCUUGCUCCAUUGGCAGAUAAGCUGACCUCAAGACUGAUAUGCAAGCUGGAAGAUAUGUUAACACACUUGAAGAAGGUUCAUUUGUGUGAGAUGCUCUGUCUUCAAAUUCAAUCUCAGAAAGUAUGUGACGAUUUGAGUGGUGCGAAGACAAAGAGACGUGCAGAGAGUAGAUCAUUACUCUGCAAGUUAGCCUAUGAAAAAGCCAAACUUGAGUUGCUGCACCUCAAGCAAGAGAUAAUGAUGGAAAAGUUUCAAGCAGUGAGCACCGGUGUACAAACAUCUGAAAUAUUGAGGUUAAAUUGUGCCAAGCUCUUACGUCAACAUGGUUUCCAUUCUACUGGCUUGUUAAAUCGUGAGGAGACUCAUGAGGUUACUACUAACAAAAGAGCAGAGAUAACACAGGAUAUCAAAGUAUUGGACUCAAAAGUCAAGACCUUGAUCAAAUGUGUUCAUACAUGCAACAAGAUUACAGGAGAACCGGCGUAUGCAGACACUAUUAAGAUUGCUGAAGAUAAUUUGAAAAAGAAAAUGAGUUGCAGAUUUCUACGUCAGGAUAUUCUGAUCUGGAAAGUUGACAGUUUGGGUGAAAAAUGUCAGAGCAUUGUUCUUAACUACAGUGGCUUGAUCAACCAAAGGCUCACAUUAAAGCCUGGCCGUGUGUCAUGUGUACUAAUAUCAAACAGUUUGAGUGAUACAUUCUUUAAGCAUUUCCCAGGGAUGAAUGUUUCAAUUGCGGUUAACUCCUUAUUUAAUGCCGAAUACUCCCAAAAGUAUGUUGGUACUAAUACAUUGUUGGAGAUUACACAGAAAACCAGUUUGGUCUUACAAAAUCUGCUAGAUGUGGCUGAGGAAUUACAAUUAGCUCGAAUGGAGAUACCAAACUUGGUCCGAGGAGCCUUUGAUUCUCCAUCAGCGGAGCAGCUUCAUUUGCAGAUUAGUUUCAUUGAUUGCACAAACUUGAGAAAAGUAACCAUGGUUCUGGAUGUCGCAUGUUUGACCCAUGGGAAGUAUCCUGGUGACAUAAUUCCUUUCGAGUUAGUAGAAGUUUCAGGCACGAAAAGAGAUGGUGCUGUGUCGGAACAAGUGAUGAAUGAGAUAGAAUCUGCAAUGGAUAAUGUUGGAGUGGGAUAUCCUCGGAUAUUGAGACUCUGUCGUUGCAUUUCCAAAUUGUUGAAAUCACAAAGCAGGAGAUGA